AUGGCCACCCCCAGCACCACCAAUGUGCCGCCGCCGCCGGCCGAGGAGCCGCUACGCACGUACCGCGGCAACUGCCACUGCGGCGCCUUCGUGUACGAGGCCGAGCUUCCGGAGAUCAAGUCCGUGUUCGAGUGCAACUGCAGCAUCUGCCACAAGAAGGGCUACCUGUGGGUGUUUCCCGGUGAGGGCAAGUACCGCGUCGUCAAGGGCGGCGACGAGACGCUCACGGGGUACACGUUUGGGCCGAAGAAGCUGACGCACAAGGUCCGCGCGAUGCAAGGCGUCGACACGUCCAAGCUGGAGCGGAAGCCAUUCAACGGAGCCGCGCUGGGGGAGGCGUACGUGCCGCCGGAGUACAGGGGCAGCACGCCGGCCGAGAUCGAGGGCCACCAGCUGUACACGGGGACGUGCCACUGCGGACAGGUGGGCGUUGCGCUCAUGAGCAAGCCGCUGGACGAGACGUUUGACGAGCUCAUGGUGGAGUGCAACUGCAGCGUCUGCGAGCGGAACGGCUACCGGUGGAUCUACCCCGAGACGUCGCGCGUCGUGCUGCACGCCCCGGACGCAGGCUCCAUCGGGCGGUACAGCUUCGCGCGCGGCAUCAUCAGCAAGACGUUCUGCCGGGCGUGCGGCGUGCCGCUGACCAACGAGCUGCGGGAGCUGUCGGCGGCGGACGAGGCGGCGCUGCCGGAGCGGACGGCGCGCUUCUACGAGUACGCCAAGACGCACCACCCGGUGAAUCUGCGCGUGUUUCCGGACGUUGACAUGGGUGUCCUGCGGGAGCCGACGCGCAAUGAUGGGGCGAAUAAGCUGGAGCCGGCGUAUGUGAACCCGUAA